AUGUCAUAUGGAACCCCCCUUGUCAGAUGUAUCAUGAACAACAGUUGCCGCCAGAAGAAUGAAGCUCCAAUAUUUACUCUGGAAAAGCACCAUGCGCUCUUUGAUAAAUGGAGUUAUGAACAAAUCUUACAGGUAGUGGAAGCAGCAUACGAGAGCAGGACGGUUGAAUUAUUCCAAUUUGCUCCUAAGGUCCAUGACCAUGCCACGGCUCUGAUUCCUUUUGGACAGACAGCUAUGCAGGCAAUUAGAACUUGCAGCCCUGAGACAUCGACUGCCUGCGAUUUCCAGAGUUUGCUGGUGGUCCAGCCUUUCUCUAAGAAUAAUCAAAAUCCUCAAACCUGGCUUCUAAAACUUGGAGAGUCGCUCGAGGACGAGACGAAGUUUUGCACUUAUGUUCUGACUGUAAUAUGUGAGCUUGACGUCGAGUCGGUGUCGGUCAGAGCUAUAUUCGACGCUGCUGUUUUAUCACUGGACAAAGUGAACGCCAUGUUGGAGCAAUUGGAAUACCUUUUAACUCGGCUGGUCGACUCUGUGAAAAGUCAAACGUUGGGUGAGGUGAUGGAUAUGUGGAAACUUGGUUCUUCAGUUCACGACGAAUGCAAGGUGGAACAGCUAAAUUCCUAG